UCAGAUGUCCUAAUGUCAUUACUAAGCACAUAGCACACAACAUGGCUAGUCAACAUACCCUCAUUGGAUUAAUCCUAUUUCUAUCGGUGGAUUGGACUUCAUCUGUCAUUCCAGAGAAUGAGAAGCAUCCCAGCUACUGGAACAACAAGGGGAAGCAGGCCCUCCACAAAGCUCUGGAUAUGAAGCCAAACGUCCGUCGGGCUAAGAACACUAUUCUGUUCCUGGGAGAUGGUAUGGGCAUCCCCACAGUGACUGCAGCGAGGAUCCUCAAAGGGCAGAUGAAUGGAGGGAACGGAGAGGAGUUUAGUCUGGCAAUGGACACCUUCCCACACUUAGCCCUGUCUAAGACGUACAACGUGGACCAGCAGAUGCCUGACAGUGCCGGCACAGCCACUGCCUACCUGUGUGGUGUGAAGGCCAACUAUGGAACCCUGGGUCUCAGUGCCUCAGCUCUGCGCUACAACUGCAACAGCACCUUCGGAAAUGAGGUGGAAUCUGUCCUUCACCGCGCCAAGAUGGCAGGGAAGUCGGUGGGCAUCGUCUCCACCGCCCGUGUGCAGCAUGCCUCUCCUGGAGCCGCCUACUCCCACACAGCCAACCGAGGCUGGUACGCCGACUCUGACAUGAACACCGCAGACAUCACAGCAGGAUGCCGUGACAUCGCCUACCAGCUGGUCCACAACACUGACAUCAAUGUCAUUCUUGGUGGAGGACGAAAAUAUAUGUUUUCCAAGGAAACACCGGACCCAGAGUAUCCAUCAUACAAAGGAGUCCGUAACGACAAGAUUGACCUCACAGCAGUGUGGCUCAAUAACAAACAGAAUGCAAAGUAUGUGUGGAACAAAGAUGAAUUUGAUCAAGUGAAUCCGGAAAAAACGGACUACCUGAUGGGCCUGUUUGAGCCAAGUGACUGCCGCUAUGAGCUAGAGCGUGACCAUACCUUGGACCCUUCCCUCACUGAGAUGGUGGAUAAAGCCAUCAAGAUCCUCCGCAGGAACCCCAAAGGAUACUACCUCUUUGUGGAAGGGGGGAGAAUUGAUCACGGUCACCAUGGCAGCGGGGCCAAAUUUGCCCUGACAGAGGCGGUGGAGUUUGACAAUGCCAUCGAGCGGGCGGCAGAACUGACCAGUGAGCUGGACACUCUGUCUGUGGUCACUGCUGACCACUCCCAUGUCUUCUCCUUUGGAGGGCACUCCAACAGAGGGAACCCCGUCUUAGGUCUGUCCCGUAACCUGGCUGAAGAUAAAAAGAGCUUUACCACCACACUCUAUGGAAACGGACCAGGAUACAAGUUAGUCAAUGGAUCUCGUGCAGAUGUCAACACAACGGAAGCAGAUCACAAAGAUUACAAGCAGCAGUCAGCCGUACCUCUGGACUCUGAGACCCACGGCUCAGAGGACGUGGCCAUCUUUGCCAAGGGCCCCAUGGCCCACCUCUUUCACGGGGUCCAGGAACAGAGCUACAUCGCCCACGUCAUGGCCUACGCAGCAUGCAUUGAGCCCUACACAGACUGCUUCAUCCCAGACCUAGAGCCAGAGCCUGACCACACAGGAGCCACCAACCCCAGCCUCAUAGUGCUGCUGAUGGGCCUCAUACCUGCCCUCCUCUCCAUUAUAUCUGUCUGAUGGGCCUCAUACCUGCCCUCCU